AUGGAGGACUCGGUCCAGAUUCUCCUUGUUUUCUUUGGUCCAGGUGCGGGAGAGUCUGGUAAAAGCACCAUUGUCAAGCAAAUGAGGAUUCUGCAUGUUAAUGGGUUUAAUGGAGAGGGCGGCGAAGAGGACCCGCAGGCUGCCAGGAGCAACAGCGAAGGUGAGAAGGCCACCAAGGUGCAGGACAUCAAAAACAACCUGAAGGAGGCCAUUGAAACCAUUGUGGCCGCCAUGAGCAACCUGGUGCCGCCCGUGGAGCUGGCCAACCCUGAGAACCAGUUCCGCGUGGACUACAUUCUGAGUGUGAUGAACAAGCCUGACUUUGAUUUCCCUCCCGAAUUCUACGAGCAUGCCAAGGCUCUGUGGGAGGACGAGGGCGUCCGCGCCUGCUAUGAGCGCUCCAACGAGUACCAGCUGAUUGACUGUGCCCAGUACUUCCUGGACAAGAUUGAUGUCAUCAAGCAGGACGACUAUGUCCCCAGCGACCAGGACCUGCUGCGCUGCCGUGUCCUGACUUCUGGAAUCUUUGAGACCAAGUUCCAGGUGGACAAAGUCAACUUCCACAUGUUUGACGUUGGCGGCCAGCGUGACGAGCGCCGCAAGUGGAUCCAGUGCUUCAACGAUGUGACUGCCAUCAUCUUUGUGGUGGCCAGCAGCAGCUACAACAUGGUCAUUCGUGAGGACAACCAGACCAACCGUCUGCAGGAGGCUCUGAACCUCUUCAAGAGCAUCUGGAACAACAGAUGGCUGCGCACCAUCUCUGUGAUUCUGUUCCUCAACAAGCAAGACCUGCUUGCUGAGAAAGUCCUCGCUGGAAAAUCCAAGAUUGAGGACUACUUUCCAGAAUUUGCUCGCUACACUACUCCUGAGGAUGCUACUCCCGAGCCUGGCGAGGACCCCCGCGUGACCCGGGCCAAGUACUUCAUCCGCGAUGAGUUUCUGAGAAUCAGCACUGCGAGUGGAGAUGGGCGCCACUACUGCUACCCCCACUUCACCUGCGCCGUGGACACCGAGAACAUCCGCCGCGUGUUCAACGACUGCCGCGACAUCAUCCAGCGCAUGCACCUCCGCCAGUACGAGCUGCUCUAA